AUGUUGAGUGAGACAACAUUCACACAGCUUACUCCACAGCCUGCACGUGAUAUGGACAAAUUACUGCAGAUAUUUGCCUAUAACACUAGCCAGUCAUUAGAAAUAGUAGGUAAAUUGUCAGCAACUGUCACAGCCGGAAAUAAAUCUGUGCAAACAACCUUCUACAUCACACCAGGAAAUUUCGACACUCUACUCAGCUACAGCACAUGCGUGGAUCUUGGACUUCUUAAUAUUACAGAGUGUAUUUGUGAAAUACAGUACUGUCCUACAUCGCUUACAAAUGAAAUCGUGUCUAAGUACAAGGAUUGCUUUACUGGACUUGGUAAAUUGAAAGGUGUUCAAGCCAAACUAGAUGUGGACAGCAGCGUACAACCCGUCGCUCACCAACACAGACGUCUCCCGUUUAAUCUGCGUGAACGUACGACAGCAGAACUCAAACGACUACUUGAACUUGACAUUAUCAAACCAGUUGGUGAUGUACCCACACCAUGGGUGUCCCCUAUCCGUGUAGUCGAGAAACCUAAAAACCCAUCUCAGAUCAGAAUUUGUGUUGACAUGCGCGUACCAAAUGAAGCAAUUCAGCGAGAACGACACAUAACUCCCACUCUGGAUGAUAUCAUAUCUGAACUGAAUGAAUCUACGAUAUUCUCCAAACUCGACUUGAAUGCUGGUUACCACCAAAUCGAACUUCACCCAGAAUCCCGCAGCCUCACAACGUUCUCUACACAUGUGGGCCUCUUCAUAUACGAACGCUUGAACUUUGGGGUGUGUUCAGCUGCCGAAGUCUUCCAGAACCACAUCAGAAUGGCUCUUCAAGGACUACCUGGUGUUAUUAACCUUAGUGAUGAUGUAUUUCCCCAUGGACGUGACCAGCAAGAACAUGAUCAACGACUUUAG